AAUCACAAAACGCAAACACAGGGUUCUUCCAGUUUUCCGAAUCUGUUCGCCAGUUGAAGCGGAAGUGAAUACGAGGUGGUUGAAUUCCGAAGGCAGCAGACCUAAAUCUUGCCUACAACAUCUACUUUCGUAAAGAUGGCCGUGGCUCUGUCCAUCGUCGACAGAGCCGUUGGAGCAAUUAUCGGCGCAGCUGUGGCGGACGCAGCAGCCCAACCCCUCCAUUGGAAUUACAACCUGGAUAAACUGAAAUCUAUCUUGGCGCAAGAGCCUUGCCCAGAAUUUCUUCCCCAGUCGGCUAAUCCUUUCUACAGGAGGAUUACUGGCCAGCAGAGUUGCUAUGGUGACCAGGCCUAUGUGCUGCUUGAGUCGUUGGCUGAAUGCAAUGGUUUGAAUGUGGAGGAUCUGAAACAGCGGAUGUACAAGGCCUUUGGCCCAGGAUCAGAAUACGACACACCUGUCAAUGAUCCAUACAGAGAGCAAGGGGGUCCAAGACCUCAGCUUCCUAUCGAGGGACCAUGGAGACAUGGAAGUAUAAAGGGCUUCCUGAAAAAUGUGGAUGCAGGGAGACAGGAAACUGGGUGCGAUGAUUGUCAGAUUGACGGCAUAGCAAAGCUGGCCCCGAUUGUGGCCCUCUAUGCUGGGAAGCCAGAAAUGCUGGAAAAGGUGGAGGAUGCAACCCGGGUGACCCAGAACAAUGACCUGUGUGUUGCAGAAACGCUGGCUGCAGCCAGGGUCUUGGAGCAUUACAUCACGAACGGUCCUGAUCCGAAGGCGUUGGAUUCAGUGCUGACGCAGCUUGGUAACCCGAACAGAAAGAAGCCCCAGGAACAGGACCAGGUCGUGGCCGGACAUUUUCACCAAGUGAAGGAGAACCUAUCCAAAACGCCACAGGAACUGAUACCUGCUGUGUUCCCAAACUCAUGAGGUUUGCCUGGUGCAUUCCAGGCAGCGCUGCAUGGAGUCCUGACAGCGGGUGAGUUCACCCAGGCUAUGAGAGACACCAUGUGCUGCGGGGGAUGCACCUGCAGCAGGAGCUCCUUCAUCGGGGCCUGUCUGGGGGCUCAGAUUGGACUCCAGGGAAUUCCGAAUUCUUGGAAGAGCAAGACCCACAGAUACCAGUCUUUGCUUGAGCUUGCAAAAAAAAUUAGCAGCACACACCAAGCUUAAUUAGGGUAUCCUUAUACACAUCAAUACCACAGUUAUAGUUUAGAAGAGUGUAUUCAAAUCUGGUCAAAUUGUUCAAUAAGAAUAGACCUUCGGACCCUAUUCCCUGUGAGAAACUACAUAUUGUCUGAAUGUAUUUCAGGAUGGUACUGUUGAUCUUUGACAAAACAUUUAAUGAAUGGUUCAACUUAAAUAUUUUAAGGUUGGACUAAGAUGCCUCUUGUUCUGCUGAAUCUCAGCAUGUGCAGACUGAAGACAUGUAAACUUGGACAAUAAAGCAGUAUGCUUAUAUUAAAAAUA